CCAGCACCACCUCCCAACAGGUCACCUGACAACUGGUCUUCAUACCAGAAUUGUGUCAAGUUUGAGACUGCCAAAUUCCUAUACAUGCACAACCAAAUGUCCGCUGGGGACAUUAAUGUGUUACUAGAUCUUUGGGCUGCAACCCUUCUGCAACACAACAACAAGCCCCUGUUUGCAGACUGCCACAAUGUACACAAAAAUAUUGACCACACACCAUUGGGUGACAUCAAAUGGCAAUCAUUCAAGGUACAGUACACUGGCCAGAAGCCAACACAUAAUGUCCUGCUGUGGAUGGAUCAGUCUCAUGAUGUUUGGUACCAUGACCCCCAUGAAGUGAUUCAGAACAUUUUGGGGAAUCCAGACUAUGCUACAGAGAUGGAUUAUCAGCCUUACCAUGAGUACUCAGCUGAUGGCAAUGAACAUCAAUGGCAGGACUUCAUGUCCAGAGACUGGGCUUGGAACCAAGCAGAUAUCAUUUCAAAAGAUCCAGAUACAGUUGGCUCAACAUUUGUGCUGGUUAUACUUGGAAGUGACAAGAUCACAGUUUCAGUGGCGACUGGCACCAAUGAUUACUAUCCUUUGUAUGUAUCAAUUGGGAACAUUUGA